GCAUGGGGGGCGCUCGGAGCGGCCCCGGCGGCCGGGCCAGCAUCACCGCGGCGUCCCUCCGCUAGAGGAGGGGACCAAGCCAAUUCUCCUUUGCAGCAAAAAAAUUUACAUGUAUAUAUUAUUAAGAUAAUAUAUACAUCUGAUCUUAUUUUUUAAAAAAAGUUUAUUUUGCUCCAUUUUUUUUUGAGAAAGAGGGAGCGUGGGUGGCGAGCGGUUUUUAUAAAUUAUUCUUGUUUUCUGUUAUCUGUCCCCAUCCUUCCCCACCCCCUGCUGAAGCGAGAAUAAGGGCAGGGAUCGCGGCUCCCACCUAUCCAUAACCCCCCUACCCGCGCCUUCCCCGCCCCACGCCCAGCACAGUGCCCUGCACACAAUAGGCGCUCAAUAAAUGUUCGUGGAUGAUGAUGAUGAUGAUGAUGAAAAAAAUGCAGCAUCAACGGCAGCAGCAAGCGGACCACGCGAACGAAGCAAACUAUGCAAGAGGCACCAGACUCUCUUUUUCUGGUGAAGGACCAACUCAGCCGAAUAGCUCCAAGCAAACCGUCCUGUCUUGGCAAGCUGCAAUCGAUGCUGCUAGACAGGCCAAGGCUGCCCAAACUAUGAGCACCUCCGCACCCCCACCUGUAGGAUCUCUCUCCCAAAGAAAACGUCAGCAAUACUCCAAGAGCAAAAAACAGGGUAACUCCUCGAACAGCCGACCUGCCCGCGCCCUUUUCUGUUUGUCACUCAAUAACCCCAUCCGAAGAGCCUGCAUUAGUAUCGUGGAAUGGAAACCAUUUGACAUAUUUAUAUUAUUGGCUAUUUUUGCCAAUUGUGUGGCCUUAGCUAUUUACAUCCCAUUCCCUGAAGAUGAUUCUAAUUCAACAAAUCAUAACUUGGAAAAAGUAGAAUAUGCCUUCCUGAUUAUUUUUACAAUCGAGACAUUUUUGAAGAUUAUAGCGUAUGGAUUAUUGCUGCAUCCUAAUGCUUAUGUUAGGAAUGGAUGGAAUUUACUGGAUUUUGUUAUAGUAAUAGUAGGAUUGUUUAGUGUAAUUUUGGAACAAUUAACCAAAGAAACAGAAGGCGGUAACCACUCUGGUGGCAAAUCAGGAGGCUUUGAUGUCAAAGCCCUUCGCGCCUUUCGAGUGUUGCGACCACUUCGACUAGUAUCAGGAGUGCCCAGUUUACAAGUUGUCCUGAACUCCAUUAUAAAAGCCAUGGUUCCCCUCCUUCACAUAGCCCUUUUGGUAUUAUUUGUAAUCAUAAUCUAUGCUAUUAUAGGAUUGGAACUUUUUAUUGGGAAAAUGCACAAAACAUGUUUUUUUGCUGACUCAGAUAUCGUAGCUGAAGAGGACCCAGCACCGUGUGCGUUCUCAGGGAAUGGACGCCAGUGCACCGCCAACGGCACGGAGUGUAGGAGUGGCUGGGUUGGCCCCAAUGGAGGCAUCACCAACUUUGAUAACUUUGCCUUUGCCAUGCUCACCGUGUUUCAGUGCAUCACCAUGGAGGGCUGGACAGACGUGCUCUACUGGGUAAAUGAUGCGAUAGGAUGGGAAUGGCCAUGGGUGUAUUUUGUUAGUCUGAUCAUCCUUGGCUCAUUUUUCGUCCUUAACCUGGUUCUUGGUGUCCUUAGUGGAGAAUUCUCAAAGGAGAGAGAGAAAGCUAAAGCAAGGGGAGAUUUCCAGAAGCUCCGGGAGAAGCAGCAGCUGGAAGAGGAUCUAAAGGGCUACUUGGAUUGGAUUACCCAAGCGGAAGAUAUUGAUCCUGAGAAUGAGGAAGAAGGAGGAGAGGAGAGCAAACGAAAUACCAGCAUGCCAACCAGCGAGACGGAGUCUGUGAACACAGAGAACGUAAGUGGUGAAAGCGAGAACCAAGGCUGCUGUGGAACCCUCUGGUGCUGGUGGAAAAGAAGAGGUGCGGCCAAGGCUGGGUCCUCUGGGUGUCGGCGGUGGGGUCAAGCCAUCUCAAAAUCCAAACUCAGCCGACGCUGGCGUCGCUGGAACCGAUUCAGUCGCAGAAGAUGUAGGGCUGCUGUGAAGUCUGUCACGUUUUACUGGCUGGUUAUUGUCCUGGUGUUUCUCAACACCUUAACCAUUUCCUCCGAGCACUACAACCAGCCUGACUGGUUGACACAGAUUCAAGAUAUCGCCAACAAAGUCCUCCUGGCUCUGUUCACCUGUGAGAUGCUGGUAAAAAUGUACAGCUUGGGCCUCCAGGCAUAUUUCGUCUCUCUCUUUAAUCGGUUUGACUGCUUCGUGGUGUGUGGUGGAAUUACGGAAACCAUCUUGGUGGAGCUGGAAAUCAUGUCUCCCUUGGGGAUCUCUGUGUUUCGGUGUGUGCGCCUCUUACGAAUUUUCAAAGUCACCAGGCAUUGGACAUCCCUGAGCAACUUAGUGGCAUCCUUGUUAAACUCCAUGAAGUCCAUCGCUUCACUGUUGCUCCUGCUUUUUCUCUUCAUCAUCAUCUUUUCCUUGCUGGGGAUGCAACUGUUUGGAGGCAAGUUUAAUUUUGAUGAAACGCAGACCAAACGGAGUACCUUUGACAACUUCCCUCAAGCUCUCCUAACAGUGUUCCAGAUUCUGACAGGUGAAGACUGGAAUGCUGUGAUGUAUGAUGGCAUUAUGGCAUACGGGGGCCCGUCCUCUUCGGGAAUGAUCGUCUGCAUCUACUUCAUCAUCCUCUUCAUUUGUGGUAACUAUAUUCUACUGAAUGUCUUCUUGGCCAUCGCUGUAGACAAUUUGGCUGAUGCUGAAAGUUUGAAUACUGCUCAGAAAGAGGAAGCCGAAGAAAAGGAAAGGAAAAAGAUUGCCAGAAAAGAAAGCCUGGAAAAUAAAAAGAACAACAAACCGGAAGUCAAUCAGAUAGCCAACAGUGACAACAAGGUUACAAUCGAUGACUACCAAGAAGAGGAUGAGGACAAGGACCCCUACCCACCUUGUGAUGUGCCAGUAGGUGAAGAGGAAGAGGAGGAGGAGGAGGAGGAGGAGGAUGAACCUGAGGUUCCUGCUGGCCCCCGUCCUCGCAGAAUCUCCGAGUUGAACAUGAAAGAGAAAAUCGUCCCCAUUCCUGAAGGGAGCGCUUUCUUCAUUCUUAGCAAGACCAACCCGAUCCGCGUGGGCUGCCACAAGCUCAUCAACCACCACAUCUUCACCAACCUUAUCCUCGUCUUCAUCAUGCUGAGCAGUGCCUCCCUCGCAGCCGAGGACCCCAUCCGCAGCCACUCCUUCCGGAACACUAUCCUGGGUUACUUUGACUAUGUGUUCACAGCCAUCUUUACUGUUGAAAUCCUGUUAAAGAUGACAACUUUUGGAGCUUUCCUCCACAAAGGGGCCUUCUGCAGGAACUACUUCAAUCUGCUGGAUAUGCUGGUUGUCGGGGUGUCUCUGGUGUCAUUUGGGAUCCAAUCCAGUGCCAUCUCUGUUGUGAAGAUUCUAAGGGUCUUAAGGGUCCUGAGGCCGCUCAGGGCAAUCAACAGAGCAAAAGGACUUAAGCACGUCGUCCAGUGCGUCUUUGUGGCCAUCCGGACAAUUGGCAACAUCAUGAUCGUCACCACCCUUCUCCAGUUCAUGUUUGCCUGCAUCGGGGUCCAGUUGUUCAAGGGCAAGUUCUACCGCUGCACGGAUGAAGCCAAAAGUAACCCUGAAGAAUGCAGGGGGCUUUUCAUCCUCUACAAGGAUGGGGAUGUUGAUAACCCUGUGGUCCGUGAGAGGGUCUGGCAAAACAGCGAUUUCAACUUUGACAAUGUCCUCUCUGCUAUGAUGGCGCUUUUCACGGUCUCCACUUUUGAGGGCUGGCCUGAGUUGCUGUACAAAGCCAUCGACUCAAAUGGAGAGAAUGUUGGCCCUAUCUACAACUACCGCGUGGAGAUCUCCAUCUUCUUCAUCAUCUACAUCAUCAUCGUCGCUUUCUUCAUGAUGAACAUCUUCGUGGGUUUCGUCAUUGUCACCUUCCAGGAGCAGGGAGAGAAAGAGUAUAAGAACUGUGAGCUGGACAAAAAUCAGCGUCAGUGUGUUGAAUACGCCUUGAAAGCACGUCCCUUGCGGAGAUACAUCCCCAAAAACCCCUACCAGUACAAGUUCUGGUACGUGGUGAACUCCUCUCCUUUCGAAUACAUGAUGUUUGUCCUCAUCAUGCUCAACACACUCUGCUUGGCCAUGCAGCACUAUGAGCAGUCCAAGAUGUUUAAUGAUGCCAUGGACAUCCUGAACAUGGUCUUCACUGGGGUCUUCACCGUCGAGAUGGUUUUGAAAGUCAUUGCAUUUAAACCUAAGCACUAUUUCACUGAUGCAUGGAACACUUUUGAUGCCUUAAUUGUUGUUGGUAGCGUCGUUGAUAUUGCUAUAACUGAAGUGAAUCCAACUGAAAGUGAAAAUGUCCCUGUCCCAACCGCCACACCUGGGAACUCUGAAGAGAGCAAUAGAAUCUCCAUCACCUUUUUCCGUCUUUUCCGAGUGAUGCGAUUGGUGAAGCUUCUCAGCAGAGGGGAAGGCAUCCGGACCUUGCUGUGGACUUUUAUUAAGUCCUUUCAGGCGCUCCCAUACGUCGCCCUUCUCAUAGCCAUGUUGUUCUUCAUCUACGCGGUGAUCGGCAUGCAGAUGUUUGGGAAAGUUGCCAUGAGAGAUAACAACCAGAUCAAUAGGAACAACAAUUUCCAGACCUUUCCCCAGGCGGUGCUGCUGCUCUUCAGGUGUGCGACAGGUGAGGCCUGGCAGGAGAUCAUGCUGGCCUGCCUCCCGGGGAAGCUCUGUGACCCAGAGUCAGAUUACAACCCAGGGGAGGAGUACACAUGUGGGAGCAACUUCGCCAUCGUGUAUUUCAUCAGUUUUUACAUGCUCUGCGCAUUCCUGAUCAUCAACCUGUUUGUGGCCGUCAUCAUGGACAAUUUUGAUUAUCUGACCCGGGACUGGUCUAUUCUGGGGCCUCACCAUUUAGAUGAAUUCAAAAGAAUAUGGUCAGAAUAUGACCCUGAGGCAAAGGGAAGGAUCAAACACCUGGACGUGGUCACUCUGCUCCGCCGUAUCCAGCCUCCCCUAGGGUUCGGGAAAUUAUGCCCACACAGGGUAGCCUGUAAGAGAUUAGUUGCCAUGAACAUGCCUCUCAACAGUGAUGGGACAGUCAUGUUUAAUGCAACCCUGUUUGCAUUGGUUCGAACAGCUCUGAAAAUCAAGACUGAAGGGAACCUGGAGCAAGCUAAUGAAGAACUUCGAGCUGUGAUCAAGAAAAUCUGGAAGAAAACCAGCAUGAAACUCCUUGACCAAGUUGUCCCUCCAGCUGGUGAUGAUGAGGUAACCGUGGGGAAGUUCUAUGCCACUUUCCUGAUACAGGACUACUUUAGGAAAUUCAAGAAACGGAAAGAACAAGGACUGGUGGGAAAAUACCCUGCGAAGAACACCACAAUUGCCCUACAGGCGGGAUUAAGGACACUGCAUGACAUCGGGCCAGAAAUCCGGCGUGCUAUAUCAUGUGAUUUGCAAGAUGACGAGCCCGAGGAAACAAAAGGAGAAGAAGAAGAUGAUGUAUUCAAAAGAAAUGGUGCCCUGCUUGGAAACCAUGUCAAUCAUGUUAAUAGUGAUAGGAGAGAUUCCCUUCAGCAGACCAAUACCACCCACCGUCCCCUGCAUGUCCAAAGGCCUUCAAUUCCACCUGCAAGUGAUACUGAGAAACCGCUGUUUCCUCCAGCAGGAAAUUCGGUGUGUCAUAACCAUCAUAACCAUAAUUCCAUAGGAAAGCAAGUUCCCAGCUCAACAAAUGCCAAUCUCAAUAAUGCCAAUAUGUCCAAAGCUGCCCCUGGAAAGCAGCCCAGCCUUGGGAACCUUGAGCAUGUGUCUGAAAAUGGGCAUCAUUCCUCCCACAAGCAUGACCGUGAACCUCAAAGAAGGUCCAGUAUUAAAAGAACCCGCUAUUAUGAAACUUAUAUUAGGUCUGACUCAGGAGAUGAGCAGUUCCCAACAAUUUGCCGAGAAGACCCAGAGAUACACGGUUACUUCAGGGACCCCUACUGCUUGGGGGAGCAGGAGUACUUCAGUGGUGAGGAGUGCUACGAGGAUGACAGCUCACCAACUGAGAGCAGGCAAAACUACAGCUACUACAACCGAUACCUAGGCAGCAACUUGGACUUCGAGCGGCCCCGAGGCUACCAUCACCCCCAAGCCUUCUUGGAGGAGGAUGACUCGCCCAUUUGCUAUGAUUCCCGGAGAUCCCCAAGAAGACGUCUGCUACCUCCCACCCCACCACCUCAUCGGAGGUCCUCCUUCAACUUUGAGUGCCUGCGCCGUCAGAGCAGCCAGGAGGAGGGCCCCCCAUCCCCGGCCUUCCCCCACCGCACUGCCCUGCCUCUGCACCUGAUGCAGCAACAGAUCAUGGCAGUGGCAGGCUUGGAUUCCAGUAAAGCCCAGAAGUACUCACCAAGCCACUCGACCCGGUCCUGGGCCACCCCUCCAGCAACCCCUCCCUACCGGGACUGGAUGCCGUGCUAUACCCCCCUGAUCCAGGUUGAGCAGUCGGACGCCCUGGACCAGGUCAAUGGAAGCCUGCCAUCCCUGCACCGCAGCUCGUGGUACACGGACGAGCCUGGCAUCUCCUAUCGGACUUUCACACCAGCCAACCUGACUGUCCCCAGCAGCUUCCACAACAAAAACAGCGACAAGCAGAGGAGUGCAGACAGCUUGGUGGAGGCAGUCCUGAUAUCUGAAGGCUUAGGACGGUAUGCAAGGGAUCCAAAAUUUGUGUCAGCGACAAAACAUGAAAUUGCUGAUGCCUGUGACCUAACCAUCGACGAGAUGGAGAGUGCGGCCAGCAACCUGCUUAAUGGGAACGUGCAUUCCCGGGCUAACGGGGACGUGGGCCCCAUCUCAAACCGGCAAGACUAUGAGCUCCAGGACUUCGGGCCAGGCUACAGCGAUGAAGAACCAGACCCCGGGAGGGAGGAGGAGGACCUGGCAGAUGAGAUGAUAUGCAUCACCACCCUGUAGCCCCCAGGGAAGGGCAGACUGGCUCUGGCCUCAGGUGGGGUGCUGGAGGGCCAGGGAAAAAAGUGCCUCGUAGUUAGGAAAGUUUAGGCACUCAUGUGAAGUCCACGUUCAAUUAGACUUUUGUACAAGCGAUGUCAUGCCUCAAGGAAGCCAUAAACCUGGUAGGGAACAGCUGUGCACACAUGCUCAGCCCCAGUUGUGGUAAACAGCAGGUCCAACCCUCUCUCAGAGGACUGAGCCGUGUAGAGGGCGGAAAGCCCUGCCCUCUUGUUCAGAGCGCACCUGGGGCACUCACCCAUGCCCACCUACCUGCCUGUAGGCAUGGUGGGGAAGGUUAAAGGUGAUGACGAUCACCACACCUGUGUCAUUACCUCAGCCAUUGGUCUAGCAUAUCAGACAUUCACUGGGCCCAGCAUAUCCAGUUUUAAACCCUCCCCCCCCCCAAAAUAUACUGCUUCCUGGUUCCUGUUUAGCUGUUCUGAAAUACAGUGUGUAAGUCAGGACCUACCUACCAGCCGUCAUCCUGAGAGGAAAGCAGGACCUUAUAAAAGGUUUUCUGUUAUAUGACACGAGUUUACAUGAGAGAGCAUCACGCAGAUGGUCGGUUUAUGACUGUCAGGAUAAGGGCAUCUGUAAACUGGAAUAAUCACUCACAACCAGGUCAACUUAGAUACACUAGUUUGUUUAAAAAUUAUAGAUUUACUGUACAUGACUUGUAAUAUAUUAUAAUUUGUAUUUGUAAAGAGAUGGUCUAUAUUUUGUAAUUAUUGUACCGUAUUUGAACUGCAGCAAUAUCCAUGGGUCCUAAUAAUUAUAGUUCCCCACUGAAAUCUAGGAAUUAUUAGUAUUUUUACUCGGACUGAAUGGAAGUAGAAGAAAUAGAGCCAAUUCUCAUUUAUUCAGUGAAAAUCUUUUGGGGGUAAACUUUUAAGUUCAAAAGAACCUGACACUACAGAGAUUUUUCUAAAAUAUUUUGAGUCACUAUAAAUCUAUCUUUACACAAGAUAUACCGGAUGACUAUUUGCAGUCUUUUCUUUGGGUAAGAGUUCUAUGAUUUCGUAGUGUACCUUUUGAUCCGCGAUGGGUUGCAACUGUCUUCUGUUUCACUUUACCUCUCCCGCUAAGUGCACAACAGUAGGUCAAGCUGGGUACUCUGACCCUGUGGCAUUCCUAGUUGUCGGUUUCUCACCUACCUACAGGACAUUUCUGUAUCUCUAGUGCAGGAAUAAUUGCACAGGUGGAUGAAGUCCCUCUACUCAUGUCCCCUGGGAAAAGGUGAUGCUUGCUUAAGAAAUAAGGACUGCUGGGGAAAGGGGCGGGGGGAGGGAGCAAAGGGACGAUCUAUAGGUUGGGUUCUGGAGAAAUCAUAUUGUUGCCUUUUUACAAAAUAUUGCUGUACUGUGUGUUCUCUGAGGGCUUUUAUAUGCAAUUGAAUGAGGGCUGACGUUUUCAUUAGAAUGCACUCCCACUCCGACUGCACUUCCUGAUGAAAACCCACUUUUGGAUCAUGAGACCUAUCAAGGCUUCCUUUUCUGUUCACAGAAUUAUGCCGACUUUGUCAAGUUACCUUGGCGGGGAUUCUUUGCAGUCAAAAAAAAAAAAAAAAAGCAAUUUUUGGUUCAGAAUUUUUAACUAUUCCAUAGACAACCUGUUAAUCAGUGGGGGGGUUUUUGUUGUUGUUGUAAAUAAUAAUACUUUGUUAUGAAGACCUUACAAACCUCUUCUUAAGACAUUCUUACUCCAAAUCCAGGCAAAAAUCUUCAAGGUUUGUAAAUGACUGUUUCCUGACGUAAAUUCUUUUUUAUUAAAAUGCAAAAUGUUCUUCAUAAUAAAACUGUGUAACAAUUUAUUAUGUGUGGGAGCUCUCCUUGCAAACGCCUGGCGUUUGCUGGUGAGAGCUUCAGAAGGGGCGAGCACUCUGUGAGGGCAGUUCUGUCAUUGUAAUUCUGUAAAUAGACAUUUUUCUUAUCCUUGUGGCUCCUUCAAUGCCUGUGAUAACUUAAUACCAGCUGCAGAGAAUACUGUUUCUCCUAAAGGGCUAAACCACUGUUACCGGCAUCUGGGACUCUUUCUCUUUUAGGUAUGGGUCUUACUGUGUGGCUUAUCAUCACCAGUCCAACGUUGCCAACCAGGACUGGCUGUUGUAGGCAAUGAUGUUUUCCAGUCAGUCCUUAAAAACUGGCAUUUUUAUAGGCUGCACCACUCUGAAUAUCUGUCUGCUUUAAGCCUGGUUCAACCUCUCAUCUAACAUUAAAUUUUUCUUUGUAAGAAAAAUUUGAAGUUGUAGAGCAUGGUUUUUUUCUCCUUUGUUUUAGGUAAGUUUUAAGAUUAAAUGUCUUUCCUUUCGGUUUCCCUUCCAUCCCCUGAGAAGACGUCAUUUUGUUGUGUCCCCAGGAAUAGUACGUUUAGUGUUUUUCAUAAUAUCACAAAGUGGAAAUGGCAGUUCUGAUUUCAUUGUCAACGAGAAAGAACCUUGUUAACAAUUGUCUCUAUGAUUCCCAUCCAGAUUCGGCCAGGCGGUGCUUCCCAGCUCCAUUCCAAGAUGUUUCAGAAUCAGCUCAAGGCCAGCAAGGGUGGGUUGUGAAGACCCGAAAGUGUCUCGGUGUACAGUGGGAGCUGGAUCUGCUUGACAAACCCACUUUACCACUGACCCCAUGCAUGUGAAAGAAAACAUGGCUCUUUCUUUCUCUUCCUUUCUUUUCUUUUCUUUUUUUUAAUAGAUUGCACCACGGCCAUGUCAUUGCCAAUUGCCUGCUUCCUUGCAAAGGUUUUUGUUAUGACAGACAAUUUGUUCUAAAAACUGGUUAGUGAUAGAGGUAUUGUCAUGCAGAGCUCCAACUCACUGAUUAGACUAUCUGACUCGAGAUAGACUGCAGCCAUGCUUUUAUUUGUUGAAAAAGUUUUUAUUUCUCUAAAAUGAUAUUCCUUUUCUGCUGGGAACUUAGGAGGGCAGGUGAGUAUGAGGAGCAGGCCUGGGGCCCCUGCUUCGAACAUGGGAGCAACAGCGAGUGUAUCCUGAGGAUGCCCUGUGGGGACAGUGGCUGGAGAUGAUAUGGGAGAUGCCUGGGUCUCAAGACAGCCAGUUGAGAGGGUGCGUGGUGUUGGUUUUUUGGUUUUUUUGGUUUCUGAUUUUUAAGAGAAAAGGAUCUUGGUAUUAGAUCUGAUGUUACGUUGAUCAGUGGAAAUAUGACCUUUGGGCGGAGGCACGUGGUUUGGCUGGAGAAAAUAAUCUAUUUGAAUUUAUAGAAAUGAUGCACUGGAAGCAGAAAGGCUCUAGUUAUGGCGCCAGCGCUCCCACUUCCAGGACCUGCCAUUUCCUGGUCACGCUGCAGGUAGGCUGCUCCUUUACUUGCAUGUUCUGUCCCUUAUUCUACCAGGAAGAACUUGCUGCCAAUAUAGCAGCCUCAACACAGGUUUCUUCAAAGGGGUCAGUGCUCCUCAGAGGCUGAUCACUAGGCACAUUCACAGCUUUGUGUUACGCUUUGGAAACUAUUGUUUGAAAAAUGCAUUCUUUCAUGUUUUUAUGCAGGCUUUUUGCUCGGGUGUAACUGACAAUGUUUGCCCGACUCCGUGAGAGGCUGAGUGCUAGCCUGGUCUCUGGGCUCUUCCUCCCCAACUCCAGUCGGCACUUUCUCCCUUCUCUGGCUUCCUCAGUCAACAACUCUUUUUCUGAAAUGGAGGGUUCCCUCGUGGCAGUGGAAUGUUCAGACAGUCCCAUUGUUAUGAUAUGGGCCACCGCUCCGCUCUGCCCAGACAGCCACAACCCUCAGCUGUCGGCUCAACUGAGGAACCACUUCAAGGCAGACUGUUGCGUCCUGUGUCUGAACCCCAAUGGCACAGUCUUCCACUUGGACUUCUGUGGGUCCUGGGGACAGGACACUCAUAAUCUUCUCUUUUGAAACUUAUUUCUGUGUGUGGCUAAAUCGUGUGAUCACAGGAACAAGGACGCAUAAACAAGAGUGAGAGAGGCACCGGGAUACAAUUCAAGCUGUACAGGGACAUGUUAUUUUCCUUAACUCACAGUAUAGCCACAGUAGCAAAUCGGCCAUUGUCUCGAAGGCUGAGGACACCACAGAAUGCAGAGAUGGCAGAACUAAAUGGCUGUGUCACCUGUCAUAUCCAUACCAAGAAGGUCAGUAUAGCCACAGUCGCCUGGGAUCCCCCUACACACCUAGGUUGUUACUCCUUGGCCCUCAGAGCUGGGGAGGGGCCAGGGGAGGCUGGCACCUACACUCCUCUGUGGUUCCUUCACCCCUGCAGGUGGCUCCAAGACCCAUAAGAUGAUGGCUGUGGACCAAAGCUGUGGGACAGGGAGCAAGCCUCUUUAGGAGAAAGAAAUCUCUGGGCAGAUUGAGAAUUUUCUUUCUCGAACCUCCCUUGGAACAAAGGAAAGCAGGAUAUAGGUAAGAUUUAAAUGAGAGGCUGCUUCAAAUUUUUAAAGGAAAAAGAGGUAUGAUGGUUUUGUUCUUUCCACGUUUCUGGAAGGUGUUUCUCAGAAACAUAAGUUGUGGCUGCCAGGCCUCCAAGUCACAUCCAUCCAGUCUGAUCCUGGGAGGAGACUAGAGUGCCCCAUUUUUCUCCCUUCUGUAUUCUGGGCCCAGCAUGGCAGGUUUCUAUAUAGCAGUUCUUUUCUUCCAUGCCAUAGACGGUGGCUUUGAAUAGCUUCAGAAAAAUCAAUCCAAAAUGCAUUUAGUUUUCUUUACCUUGUAAAAACCAUCUGAAUAAGGCAUCUCAGUUAAAAAAAA